AUGAAGGUGAUUGCUGAUUGCAUCGGCUCAUUCCAAGACUUUAUUGCCAAGCCGCCUGAACAGAUUGCAAUCUGUCCCGGUGCUGUGUGCACCUCGGAGCAGGUGCGCAUUGGUUUCUUCGCAGCGCCCAUGAAAAAGUGGCUUGAAGGCAACAAGCACUUGUCUUCCUUUUGCAUGGACUUCACGUUCGGCAUUGGGCAACAUGGUCUAGCUCUUGGAGGCAUAGGCCCCCUUGGUUUGGUAGAAGCUCCGAAACACCGUCCUCAUGUACGCAUGCUGCCACUGUUACUCAUGGUUGCCAAAUCAGAGGACCGUGAGGCCCAUCAAGAUCUCUUUAAGCAGUACAUGCAGCUCAUGAAGGAGCAUGAGAUUUCUGUGACAGACGGUUUUGCGGAUUGCUUUUGCUUUGAGAGUUUGCAGGACCUGGUAGAGGCGAAUGAGGACUGGAAACGUAUCCGGCUUCACCGUUGUCUUCAGCACAGCAAAAUGAAUCUGCGGCAGGCGGCGAGGAAAAGAUGUCCCUCUUGUGGUGAAAGACGUCUUCGGAAUGAUGAGUUCCUGAAUGUCCUGGUUGCAUUCCUUUUGCAGUCAGCAUUUUUGCCGAGCUCUUUGGAAUUCAACGUCUUUUGGUCGUCUGUGAUCUCUAGACUUCGAGGCACAGAAAAAGAGUCCGAUUGGCACGAACCAGACAUGGCGCUCUACAUUCAGGAAAACCUCCUGCAAGAAGGCCCUGAUGGCUUUACGGCGGCUUGGCGGACAGGUUUGGGCAUUGUUCCUUUUGGUUUCACUACUUACAGCUCCAACGCCCAAGAACGCGCCUGGCGGACUAUCAAAGGUCUUCUCAAGCCAGGGAUGCGCCAAAAAGAUCCUGCCUCUGUUAUUCUGGAUGUGGCUGCUGCCCUUACUUCCAAGUUGCGGAACGGGGACUAUGACAAGAUGCUGGCCAAGGUGGCCCAGCCUUGGCAAAGUCUUCAGGUGUCUGACAAAGCUCAGUUGCAGGAUGUGGACAGCCUUGAUUCGGACGACGAGCCUCAGUUAGUGCAACGAAAGCGUCUGGAUUUAGAAGCAAUUCUGAAGCAUUUCAGGCGUCAUGGGCCAACCGGGACAUUUAUUGCCUCUGUGUGCUCCCUGGCUCUUCAGAACGGCUGCUCUGCCCGCUUGGUGUACGUCUUGCCGAAAUAUUCGCUGCAGCACGCAGCCAAGAGAAAGCAGGAAAUGGCCAGCGCCUUGCGUUUAGCUCUUGCGACCUCUGAGGAGGAAGUGGCCCGCGCAGCUGCUUCGCUUCAGACAGGUGCUUAUGAUUGCCUGCGCCAUCUGCAUCUCAGAGAAAACUAUUGCACCGUUUGGGUGUCGACGGAGAACCAGCUGUACGAAGGUCAUAAGCAUUUUGUUUCGGGUGCAGGAUGGAGUGAGCAUUGCUUGUUCAUCCGGGCUCUCCUUGCGAAGGAAACAUCCCAGCCCAUACCCCUGGGGACGUUGUCAGCUGCUGCCAAGAAAAGAGCAAAGAAGCGGCCGCAGGCCAAGAGAUCAGCCAAGAUGAAAGCAAUGCUGAGAGCUCCUGAGGCAUUGUCCUCUGGCGUUGCAGGCGCUGAAGCAGUAGAAGUUGUUCCGAUGAAUUCCCAAACCCAAGAGCUUCUACCAGGUGGUUUGGUGGAAGGAAAGGAGCUCCCUAUUUUGGAUUCCGUUGGGCAGGAAAAAGAGUCUAUGUGCAUGGCCGCAACCAACAGCGGCAAGCGCUGCAGACGCAAGAGAUCUCAUGGCGCUUUUUGCUUCCACCACCAUCAGAUCGCAAGUUCGCCCAAAUGGAGUUUGACGCUCUUUGAAUCCGUGAAGGAGCCGGCGCAAAGCGCCAUGGAAUCCUGGGAAAAGGCGCAGUUGGACCUUGCCAUCCAAUUGUCGCAGACAGAGAAUGAAGAGUUGUCUGCCCGCAUGCAAGAGAGCUGCCGACGGGUCGACGCCAGGUUGCGGCUUUUGGGUCUUCGUCGUGUCCCUGUCCCUGCCGAAGGGAACUGCCAAUUUGAUGCUUUGGUCUACUCUGCAGAUGUUCCGAUGAGUGCAAUGGAGAUGAGGAGCUUUGUGGUUCAAUAUCUACGGCCACUGGCCCGUUUCUUUCAAGAUCGAAUCCAGGGGCAAUUUGCUGGCAGGUAUGAUUCAUACUGCUCCAACCUGGCCAAGUCAGGAAGCUGGGGGGACGAGCUGUCACUGCUGGGUGCGGCUCACUUGUUAAGACGUCCAAUUCAUCUGGUCACGGACACCGUCUCUGACAAGCCAGAGGAGUACAUCCGAAUCAUCGAGCCGCCCAGCAUCAUCCAUGAGUCCCUUUGGGGCAGCCAGGUGGUUUUGGCAUGUUUCAUGGACAGACACUUCGACGCAACCGAGCCAGACUCUAGCUAG